GUUGUCAGGAUGGCGAACUUCAAGGGUCACGCGCUUCCAGGCAGUUUCUUCCUGCUCUUUGGGCUCUGGUGGUCUGUGAAAUAUCCGCUGCAGUAUCUCAGCCAGAAAGCAAAUAAGAAAUCCCACAGGACUUACUGUUUCCAGCGUGUGGAUGCCAUCGAAGGGGGAAUCAAAAUCACCUUUGCUGUAAUAGGGAUGCUGGCAGAGCAGUUCGUCCCGGACGGUCCGCACAUGUACCUCUACAGCGGGGAGAACCGCGACUGGGUGAAGCUGAUGAACUGGCAGCACACCACCAUGUACCUCUUCUACGGCCUCUCCGGGGUGGUGGACGUCUUCACCUACAUCUCCCAGGUGGUGCCGCGGGGUCUGGACCGCCUCAUGCUCUCCGUGGCUGUGUUCGUCGAAGGUUGUCUCUUUUAUUAUCACGUCCUUCACCGCCCCAUGCUGGAUCAGCAUAUCCACUCCCUGCUGCUCAUCGCCAUCUUUUCAGGGGCCUGCAGCGUCAUGCUGGAGGUCUUCCUCCGCGACAACAUUGUCCUGGAGAUGUUCAGAGCCGGUGUCACCAUCGUCCAGGGAACGUGGUUCUGGCAGAUCGGUGUCGUGCUGUUCCGGCCAUGGGGAGGUCCGGUGUGGGAUGAGGAGGACCACAGCAACAUCAUGUUCCUCACCAUGUGCUUCUUCUGGCACUGGCCCCCCGCCGUGGCCAUCCUGGCUAUAAACUACACCCUGGCUUACUGCUGCAUCCAGAGGUGCCGGAGAGGCAGCGGAGAGCCCUACAUCAAUCUCGGAGUCCGGCAGCAAAAGUGCGACACGAGCUCCCAAGCCGCCUUCUUGAAUGGAUCUGAUGAAGAGUGA